GUGGAGUUUUCCCACUUCCUUUGAUAGCAAAACGACUAAACACCGGAAGCAAUUUGGUGCGCGAGCACGCAUGUGCGAGUGAAAGAUUAGUUAAUCGAUGAUGGACGGCACAAAGACCUCACAUAUGUGAAGAAAAGCAGUAGCCAGAAGCUCUUCGGAGUGAAAACAGAAAAAACUGCCCUGACCAGCUUGAUCUUAGUAAGAGAGAGACAAGGGAAGGCAGUAAAAAUGGAUGGAGAAGAAAAAACCUAUGGUGGCUGUGAAGGGCCAGAUGCCAUGUAUGUGAAAUUGAUUUCCUCUGAUGGCCAUGAGUUUAUUGUUAAGCGAGAACAUGCUCUGACAUCUGGAACAAUCAAAGCUAUGCUUAGUGGUCCUGGCCAGUUUGCUGAGAAUGAAACGAAUGAAGUCAACUUUCGAGAGAUCCCAUCUCACGUUCUUUCUAAAGUGUGCAUGUACUUCACAUACAAAGUCCGCUAUACUAAUAGUUCAACAGAAAUCCCUGAAUUUCCUAUUGCGCCAGAGAUAGCGCUGGAGCUUCUAAUGGCUGCAAACUUCUUAGAUUGUUAAACAUAAAAAAGAAACACUCAUACACACGUCUGGCUGCAGAAUAAAUAUGAAAAGCAAAUUAUUAUUGGUUUAUUUUAUUGCUUUUAAAUACUUUUAGGUUUGCAAACAAUUGCUGAAACUGUGCUAAAUGAGAGGUAUAACAGUUUUUGGUCACUUGUUCUAUUUAACCUGUAAUUUCUUUAAAAA